AUGGCUUCACCUUCGCGCAAGAAGCCGUCGUCAUCCUCGUCGGGACGGCGAGACCGCAUCAGCGACCUCCCCGACGACCUGCUGGGCCACGUCCUCUCCUUCCUGCCCACCAAGGAAGCCGGCCGUGCGGCCAUGCUUGGCCGCCGGUGGCGCGACAUCUUCUGCAGCGUCCACACCAUCUCGUCCGAGGAGCGUGAGGGCCAGAGGGCCGGCGACUGGGACACCUACUUCUACGAGGCACAGGAGAGGAGGAGCUGCAGCACUGCGCUCCUCCAGAGCAUCAGCGCCGCGCUCCUCCACCGCCGCCGGCGCCCCGGCCUCAUGGUGCCGCUGCGCAGCUUCCGCUUCGCCUUCGACAGCUACCAUGGGUGGGACAAGGGCGCCGUCGACCAGUGGCUCUUCGAGGUGCUGCGGCAGCGCACCCAAGACCAGGAGCUCCACCUUGACCUGCGCUUCUUCAUCGGCCCCAUCUGUGCACGCGGCAGUGUUAAUGGCGACGACGAAGAAAAAGAGUCGAACGACAAUAAGUCGUGGGGGCAUGUCCUUCCGAGAACGCUCUUCUCCUGUAGAGCCGUGCGGACGAUGUGCCUCAGCUAUUGCAAACUGAAUCUACCCGAGGUCGUCGACCUGCCAUUUCUCGAGACGCUGCGCCUGACCAGCAUACGAGGUGACUCCGAAGAAACCAUCCAAAAACUCAUCUGGAGCUGCCCCCGACUUGCUGACUUGACGCUGGAGGCCAACAACCGUCUGAAAAAACUCACCGUUCUCGACAAACGCCUCCGUAGGUUCGCCCUCCGGUGCUGCCACAACGUGACGCAAGUAAGCAUCGACGCGUCGACGCUAAGAUGCCUAGAAUACAGCGGCUCCGUACCAGAGGAGUCGCUCAUGUCCCUACGCGGCUCACCGGCAGUGUCCUCGUGCACCAUCCGCUUCUGCAAGGUGAGAUCCAAUGAGUCGGAGUUUGUCCGGUUCAGAAAACUCCUUGAGAUAGUCUCGGACUCAAAACACCUGCACCUGCACCACCGUGGCUUGGGCAGUGAAUUCUUCACGGUGUCCCCCUUGUUUGCCAACCUCACGCGGCUUGAGCUACAGGGUCCCAUCGAAAACAGUGACACCGUUGAUACGGUCAAGAGGAUACUGGAGCAGACGCCAAACCUCGAGGUUCUCUCGCUCUACAUGGAGGAGCGGCAGCAGGACGUGGAGAAGCGGAGACGAAGAGAGGAGAAGAUCAGGUACCGACAGCUCUAUGGAAGGGUUGUAGGUGAUGAUCAGGAGGAGUACGACCGGUCCGUGGAUCUUUGCAAUCUCAGAGUUCCCGACAGUUCGUGCUUUUCGUUGCCGUGCCUGCGUCGUCGAUUGAAGGAGAUCAAUAUGGUUAACUACCAGUGUGACGUGCAGCAUAGGGUGUUGGCCAGCCUGCUGUUUCGCAAUGCGCUUGUGCUCGAAAGGAUGUGUGUCGUGUUUGUCAAGGGGCUGUUCGCCGUGCAGGUUGAGCUGAGGAAGGAGAUCGAGAGCUGGGUAGUGGCCAAGCCAGACAAGAGUUUCAUGUAA